AUGUCAGCCGUAGUUUAUCUCAAAGUCUUCAAUGGCGAUGAAGAACUUCGCAUCUCAUUGGUCUGCUCGAAAACUAAAGUAGCUCCUCUCAAACGGCUGACUAUUCCAAGGCUUGAGCUGUCAGCUGCAGUUCUUCUUGCUAAGCUUGUAAAAUGGAAGGAGUUCGUUAGGAAUCGUGUCCAGCUCAUCCAGGAAUUAACGGAUGCUCAGUGGAAGCUCGUUCCUGGCAAGGAGAAACCAGCUGAUUGCGCAUCUCUGGAAUCAGCUGACCUUGAAGAGAAACCUGUUGUAGUGCUCAACGUCAAAGUCCAGCGCCCAGAGAUCUGGGAUCUAGUCCGUCGAUAUUCCUCGCUCAACAAGUUGCUCAGGAUUACUGCUCUCUGCCAAUGUUUUAUUGCUCGUCUCAGAAAAACUCCAGGAUCUUCGUUAAAGACAUCUCUCAACCCUGGUGAUAUUGAACAAGCUCGUCUCUUCUGGAUCAAGGCUAGUCAGUCAGCGCAUUGCUCUUCCGAACUGAUGACCUUGUCCAGAGGGCAAAAACUCAGACCUUCUCAUCCGCUCAUUCGAUUGACAGCGCAUAUUGAUCACCAGGGAGUUCUUCGUGUUGGCGGACGUCUCAAGUUUGCUCAGCUCGACAAUGAUAGCAAACAUCAAGCUAUCAUUCCGAAGUUUGCUCAGCUCCUUAUUCAGGACGCUCAUCUCAGAACUCUUCAUGGUGGAACGCAGCUCACACUUGGUCAGCUCAGACGAUCGUACUGGAUUGGUGGAAGAGCACCAGUAAGAUUAUUCAUUCUAAAGUGCGUUCCAUGCGCAAGACAGCGAGGAAUCAGAGCUCAACAACUCAUGGGUCAGCUCCCAGUAGCUCGUCUCACUCCUGGCCGUGCAUUUCUCAAUACAGGAAUUGAUUAUGCCGGUCCAGUAUCGCUCCGCUCAUGGAAAGGACGUGGCCAGGAUUUCGUCUGUAUGGCUACGUCCGCGGUUCAUCUCGAAGUCGUCUCAGAUUAUACAUCUGACGGCUUCAUGGCAGCGUAUCGUCGUUUUGUCGCUCGGCGCGGGCUCUGUAGGAAUUUGUUCUCAGAUUGUGGAACAAAUUUCCUCGGAGCCGAUAAAGAAACAAAAAAAGCUCUUCUCAAUGGCGUCCAAGGAAUCGGACCAGCUUGCUCAUCUCUUGCUCAACUUUGGAGGAAAGUGGGAAGCAGCAGUUAA